GCAACCAUGCUUAUGGAGGCUGAUUGUCAAAGCAAAAUUAAAUUUUACGUAAACGAAAAAAAAGGAAAACCAUGAUCGUAGGGAAAUGACCUGGAAUUUAAGGAUUGGUGAACAAUUUCACCCCUGGGACUAACAGUGUUUUCAAUCAACACCUUGACAAGUUCAUAAAAUGACUUGAGGAUGCAGACAGGAUGUAGCGAUAUUUUGGAGGCUAAAGUUGCUGAACGCAAUGAAAAAGCCAAAAAGCUAUAUCGGUAUGUGAGUGACGCCGCUAGGCGCGUUGACGAGGCGUCAGCGGCCAGCCGCUCUAUCGUCGACCUAUUUUCCACCAAAAUAGAAGUUCUACGUCAAAAACUUAGAGACUAUUGCGAAAAGUUGCUCUUCCUCGAUCCAACAAACUAUGGGAAAAAAUCUCUUGAACUUCUAUGGAGGAAGGGAUACUAUGAAACUGUAUCCGCAGCAAGGAAAUAUCAGGAAACAGAUGCUGCGAUAGAUAACUUUCUGUUUACUCAUAUUGGGUGUGGAAUAGGUCAUUUUCACCACAUAUUGAACAGGAUGCAAUCUAUAAUGAAAAUUUUGCCUGGAGAAUUGGACUAUGAGCUUAUGCUUGAGGAUGGAGAGACAGAGAGUGAAACCCAACUUAGUGAAGAAGAGAUACAGCUAGGCCGAUAUGUAAUCUAUCAAUGCUUGAUCUACCUUGGGGACUUGUGCCGGUAUCAAGUAGAAAUAUUCCAAAAUUAUGAGCCUUCAACAGCCGCUCGCUAUUAUCUCCAGGCUGCUCAUAUUGACAUGUGCUCCGGAAUGCCGUUUAACCAACUAGGCAAUCUAUAUCUCGAUAAAAAUUACAACUUGGACUCAGUUUGCUAUUACAUCCAUUGCCUUAGCUGCACAACACCAUUUGAAGGUGCUACUGGUAACUUGUUAAAGAUUCUUGAGAAACAGACACAAUAUUGUGAAAAUUUAAAUGAUGCUGAAACUUACACACAAGCAGAACAUAUACAAAACACUGUUGCAAACUUCCUAUCGCUAAUUGACAUAUGGUAUAAUAGCAAGAAUGACACUAAUGUGCCACAGAGGUGUAAUAAGAUAGCCCAAGAUCUGAGAAUAGCAAUGGAAUUCUCAAAGUCCCCUUUUCCUGACAUGAAUAAGAAUUAUACUGAAUAUACACAGGCAGUAGAAGAAGAAAGCACCACUCCUUCCUAUUUAAAUGGCAAUCUUGUCCAUAAAAUGGUACAGAUCUGCCUGUUCACAAUAUCAAAAAUGAUGGAAAUAGACGAGCAAAAAGCAUUUGCAGGUAAAGCUUUCACACUGGCAUUACUAUCCCAGCUGUUACAGAAAUUACUUAAGCAAAUGGAAGAACUUGGCUUUAAAAACCCUGCUCGAAAAUAUAGAACCAGAUCUGUAUCAAUCAAUGACAUAGAAUCUGAGAAAUCAGACAAUCAAGCAAAUAAUACUAAUGAUUCUGAAGUAAUUGAAGAUACAAUUGAUAAAGUGAAAACCCCACCACUGACUGAAACUGAAGAUGCAAAAAACAUGCCUAAUGGGGAUAGUAAAAAAUUGGAAAAUGGUGAUAGUAAGCCUCUUAAAAAGACAAAGCGCAGACGCAGGAGGAGAGUUGAUUCCUCUGAGAGUUCAGAUUUCAGUGGUGCAGAUAGUGAAAGUGCCAGCAUGACUUCAGACGAUGCAGGCUCUAAUGAUGACAAUGAUGAUGAUGAUGUAUCAGAUUCAACUUACAAGUCUGAUGAUGAUUCUAGAAGUGAUGAAUCCGUAUUUGAGGAUUCUGAUGAAGAGGAAAGAGUAGAACAAAAUGGAGAUGUGGAAAAACAUCCUACGCCAAUUGAAGAUGACAAUGCUACUCCUGUUGCUAAAGUAAAUGGCAUAGAUCAUAGUCAUAAGAAUAACACUAAAAAACCCGAAAUUGAAUUGAAAGAAGAAGAAAUUCAAGAUUUCUUAAUGGGUGAUAACUACUUGCCAAGCAUCAAGCUCUUGCUAGACUGGGUACUUUUAGAAAAAGAGUUGAUUCUAUCUUGCGGAGAAAGUGGUGAAUCACUCUUUCAAUGUGUUGUUGAUCUGCUAAAUAUUUUCACAUUCUACUUUUACCCCAAAAACAAUGAAGUCCCUGGAAAUUUGAAAAUAUUAUCAUAUGCUAAACAUAUUGCUAUGAAAUUAAAGUUAGAAUACAAAAAGAUACCCCUACCGGAAGACCUAAAUUUACGGGGAACUAACAUCUGUAAAUUUGACAAAGAUGCUGCGGAAUGGCAGAUAUUAAAUAAGUACCAACCAUCAGUAUAUGAAGAAAAUGUAAUAAGGAUCCUGAAUUUUAUUGAUUUUGGCAAUCAAAUUGCGAAAAUUGUCCCUAAAAUAAGAUUUAACAGGUCCAUGAAGAUAUUCUAUUUCAAGAAGACAUCUGCUCCGAAACUGAAUACCAAAAUAAACCACAAGAAAAGUAGAGAAUGGCAUAAUUCAAAGACACCUGAGGGCUCCGGCGGUCUACUCCGUCGUCUAGGGCGCCUCUGGCUGACCGCGCAAGUUCGCGAGCUAGAGCGCAGCCCGUCCGCGCCUUCGCUGCUUGCUCUGGAUGCAGCGGCCAUGCACCUACAUCUGCGGAAGGUGAAGCAACUGCUGAAGGCGCGUUCGUUCGUGCUACUGGUGCCUACUGUUGUGUUACAAGAGCUAGACGACCUGAAGCGCUCUCAGCACAGCGCUCGCGACGCCAUCCGCUGGCUCGAAUCGGCCCUGCGGAGCGGAUCGCGGUUUCUACGCGCGCAGAGACCCGGGCAGUCACGCCCGCUGCCUUUACUCAAGUAUCCUAAGAAGGCCCCUCCACACGUGACAAACUUCAUCCAAAUCCUCGAGUUCUGCCACCAUCUAACUGCAGACGAGAAGCAAAGCGGACAGGGCGAGCCCGACCGUGGGAAAAACAGCAACUUGCUUAUACUACUGGUCGGCAACCAGCCGGGCAACGACGAGUAUAAGGAGUUCAGCGUGACGGGCGCGGCUCAGGCGGCUGGCGUUACUGUGCAGUACAUAGGUGACUUCUAUGCGAAGUGGCGCCAGACCAUAAACAAAACCGGCAAGAAAAGAUGAACCCGGUUUUGUCGCGUCUCGGACUUGGCUGAACAAACGAGGAUCGAAUGGGAGAUCGAUGCGAAUCGCCGCGGCGAACUAAGGGAAUCGAUAUUCGGUCUAUAAUCGAUGGUCAUACAUUAUCUAUGGUCUUUGUAACUUUUUUAAUGGAACCAUUUUUUUAUUUUAGAAAACGUAAUAGCAUAAUGCAUUUUUAUCUUUUCUAGAAUUAUCGUUGACAAUAUCAUUCAUUUUAAGAAAUAACCAUUUUACAUCGUCAUCAUUCAUUAUCAUUCGUGGGGAUUUUUCAUGAAAAUAUUCAUUUUUGACUGCAUAACAUCCAUUUCAGAUUUUGUACGUUUUAUUUGGCUUAUGUAUUGAUUUCUUAAGAUAUAGUAUUAUUCAUUUCAAUAAAUUUACGUUCACAAAA